AUGCUACUUGCAAAAAAUAAUGUUGCAAAUAUUGGUCUGGACAUGUCAAACAUUUUAUUAUUAAAAUUAAUGAACAAUAAAAUAUUACUGGCACAUAUUAUCCUUAACUGGAUAUCUGUUGAUUUUGCAUCCUCGGAAACUGCUUGUCCAAAGCCUGAAAUUAUUGCACCAUGUCGAUGCUCGCAACGUGCUGAUGAAGUACAAUUAUGGUGCAGUCACAGCGAAUUGCCACAUGUGAUGGCAGGCCUGCGUGCUGCAAGCACCAGCAUGACUCGGCCCAUCGAUGAAUUAAUUUUAGAAAAUAAUAAUUUGCCAUCGCUCCCUGGAAGAGCCUUGUUUACUUUGAGAAUAAUGCGCCUCAUGCUUCGCAACAAUGGCUUGCAGCGUGUUUCGAGCGGUUGGCUUGUUGGCCUGGAAGAAUCUCUUAUGGAAUUGUAUAUAGUAGAAGAUGAACUCAGAAGCCUUCCUAUGGAUAGCUUAGAUAAACUCAGAAAAUUAGAAGCUGUGACGAUUCAAAGCAAGUCGAUCAAACGAAUACCAAGCUUCACGGGUUUGUCCAAACUAAGAUAUCUGCACAUAGAAUCUUCAUCGCUCAUGGAACUUAACCCACGAUAUUUCCGCAUGUUGCCUGCUUUAGAAAAUUUACAUGUCAUGGGCAGCAGCAGGUUAAAUAGAUUAGAAGCAGGAUUUUUAGAAGAUUUACCAAAUAUAUCCAAUGUUAACAUAUCUAAUAACGGUAUAAACUGGAUUCAUUUGCGAGCUUUCUCAAGAGUACCUUCACUGCAGCAAUUGUCUUUAUCGGGAAAUAAAAUAUCUGAUGCUAGCAUGGUAGGAAGAGCUGUAAGAGAUUUGCCAUCACUUACAAGUAUUCACUUAGAGAAUAAUCAUAUUGCAAAGUUAUCAGAAGCAUCUUUCGUAGAUUUACCAGCUGUGAAAGAAAUAUGUUUGGCUAGAAAUAGAAUAGUAGAAGUUAGCCAAGGUGCUUUUCACAGAGUUCCAAUGCUUAGAUCAUUGGAUCUUAAUUACAACUAUAUUCGAAAAUUUCAUCCAGAAUCUUUUUUGUUGCCUUCAGGUAGCGGAGUAGAAGAAUUAUAUUUAAUCGGUAAUGAAAUAGAUAACGCAAAUGAAUUACGUGCUUUAUUUAAUGCAUUUCCGCGACUGCGUUUUCUGGAUUUGAGUCAUAAUCGCUUACAAGAAAUUCCAUUUGGUGUAUUAAGAGGCCAUCUAACUUUAGAGCGACUGCAUCUAAAUGACAAUAGAUUGCAACUCAUUGAAAGAGAAGCCUUAACCUCAAUGCCAGCACUCAGAGAACUAAGGCUUCAAAAUAACUCAUUGUCAAACAUACUACCUUCACCUUUUUGGAAUUUACCUGCUCUAAAAGGUUUAGAUUUGUCGUUUAAUUUUUUUCGAAGGAUUGAACCACGACUCCUUGCAAACUUGCCAUCUCUCCGAAAAUUAAACAUGCAAGAUAAUGACCUAAAUGCUAUUGAUCCGAUGUCGUUUCUAGAAACUCGACAAUUAGAAUCUAUUAAUAUAUCUAAUAAUGCAUUAGUUUCUUUUCAUCCAUCUACUUUCAGGCAUCUGGAUGGUUUAUUCGAACUUGAUGUAAGCUUUAACAAGCUUACCGACUUUGUGCCAGGACUUCCACGUGGUCUAGAAUCUCUUCAUUUAUUUCAAAAUCAAAUCGUUGCAAUACCUUUGCCCAGCUCGUUAGAUCUAGAUUUGCCGGCUUUGAGAUCAUUAGAUAUUAGUGGAAAUGAGAUUCAAUAUUUAACAAGCGGUGCCAUGCGUGCCCUGAACCAAUUACGAAGAUUACAAAUGUCCAGAAAUAAAAUUAAACAAAUCGAAGACGAUUCAUUUGACGGCGCAACAAAAUUGGAAUAUUUGGAUUUAAGUUAUAAUGAAAUUGAAUAUUUAGCAGAAAACAGCUUACGUUAUAUGAGCUAUUUAAAAUCACUUGAUGUGAGUAAUAAUAAAAUUGAAAUUUUACGCGGAGGAUUAUUAUUAGAUGCCAGGCGCCUCACCAAUUUAGACCUGAGUAACAAUAAAUUGGUAGAAAUUCCAUCCGCAGUGUUACAAAAUCUUCGAGAAUUAGUAAAUUUAGAUAUAUCUGUGAACAUGCUAACAAAACUACCUGAAACAGUGAUUGGAUUAAGAGCUCUAGAAAUACUCGAUGUUAGCGAGAAUCGCCUAACAACUCUACCGAAUGAUUUGCGGCCUCUGGCAUCGCUUAGCGACUUAAAUUUGGCAGGAAAUCGAAUAACGAUACUCAAACAAGGGUCGGUUCAAUAUUUGCCCCAACUGAAAGAGCUGAAUCUGUCAGAUAAUGAAAUAGACAUCUUAGAGCCGGGAUCAAUAAGGUCACUACCAUUAUUAUCGCAAAUUUUACUUGCUCGAAAUAAAAUAAGAGAACUUAGAGAUGCAGUGUUUUCAGAUUUACCAUCAUUACAAAGCGCUGAACUGCAACAAAAUAGACUUAGGACCAUAUCAAAUAGAGCGUUUUAUAGAGUUCCUCGAAUGUUAAUGUUAAAUUUAAGUCAAAAUCUCAUAGAUGAUCUAGACCAUGCUGGACUGCGAACAUUAAGAUCAUUAGAGGUACUAGAUCUGAGUUACAACAAGAUAUCUAGAAUUCAAAGUACUAGCCUUCACGACUUAGAAUGGCUGGUUGAAUUGAACAUGGAUAAUAAUAUCAUUUGCAACGUUCAUGGAGCACCAUUUAGUGGAAUGCCACGAUUACGUUUACUCAGUUUACGUAAUAAUAAAAUGACAAGUUUGUCAGAAUCAUCCGUUCAAGCUUUACGAAGCAACAUAGCCUUGCUCGACAUCGAUGGUAAUCCUUUAACAUGUUCCUGUGGUUUAUUAUGGAUGCAAGCAUGGAUGCAAGAGGCACAUUGGGCUGGUCCGCAUUGCUUUGACGGAACCAUGUUGAGAGAUGCCCGUAUUUCACGGCAACAUUGUUUAAAUAAUCCAGCUCGUGAAACUGAACCCAUAAUUCCGGGCUGCGAAUCAGAACUCCUAGACGAUCGUUUACCUAAUCAAGGCGCCAGCCCAUGGCUUGAAAAAAUCAAGCAAUCAUCCAAUCCAAACGACAUCGAUCGUCCAUCUCCCGAAGAAUCAGAAUAUUUUUAUGAUGAAUAUGUCGAUUAUCCUUUUAAUGAAACUAGCACAAGUAAAAGCAAUAGUACCCUACACAAAAAUACUACUUAUGCAAUUACAACUUCGCGUCCUAACACUGGCAAUACGCCUUCGUUUUAUGCAAGCACGAAUAUGAAAAAAAAUCUUUCAUCUACUGUCAAACCAACGCAACCGCCUAAUGUUCCAUCAGCUACUUUCACAUUUUUUGGUGUUCCUUUGCCUAGUUUAAACAUUAAUAAACUAUGGGGUUCCGGAAGAACUAGUAUGGAUCGUAAAAGUGAUCAAACAUCUCACAUAGGCAGUUCACGAGGAACAGGCAGGAUACAAAAUUAUCCAGUUGAUGCACCACAAGUACAAACCGGUGGAUUCAUUCCUAUAAUAUCUGGAACAACUGGUGGAUUUCAUCCAGUGAACGAUGCUUUUGGGGAACCAUUUCAAAAUACAACAACAUCAUGGCCAGAAGACUUUCCGUCCAACAAAUUUAAUGUGAAAAGAACACAAAUAGAAAAUGAAACAGAAAAUACCACAGAAUUUAAUGCUUUGCAACAAAUACCAACAUUGUUUACUGCCUUUGAGAAAUCCACUCAUCCAAUGACGGCAUCAAGUUUCGAUAACAUAACUGCUGAAAUACCAAUGUCUGAGAAUAAUGAUUUCAAACAAUUGACCAGUUUUUAUACAACCAUUGAUGAUACUGAGGAUAUUGAAAUUACAACAGUUCCAUACAGUCAAAAUAAUUUUCAAAUUACUGAACAAACAAGCAUCUUAGAACAGAUUCAAGCUGAAGAGAAUAAUUAUUUCAAUAGAACAAGCCCUAACCCAAACAUUUCAACAGAAGAAACAAAUUUCCACAAGUAUUAUUCAGAAAUCUCAAACUUACAAGAAACUACGACUUAUGUUCCCCUGCACAACGUAUCAGAUUUUUUGCCAACAACAAAGAAUGUUCCUAAUACAAACAUGACAAACAAUAUAUUAGAAUACAAUAAAAGUACAGAAGUUCUGAAUAAUAAGAAAAUAAAUACUGAAUUUUGGACACAAACAACUAAAAAUCCAGGUUUAUUAUCAGAUAUACUGGCUCCAAAUGGGAAUAUGCCAUUUUACAAACCUUCUGGUAGACCUACUAUUACAAAAGUUGUAUUUGCUGAUCAAAGUUUGACUAAUGAAGAAUUUGUGGACUCUCCAAGUUCAGUUGAAAUCGAAACAAUAGCAAGUUAUGAACUAACUACAGUAAAAACCAUCUAUAAUGACUCAUCAAUGAAUUGGUAUUUUGACAACUAUAAUAAAACUAAUCACAUCAAUAUGGUAACACAAAUGGAACCAGGAUUAAAUCAUUAUAGAAGUAAUGCAAAUUACUAUAGCCCGAAUUUUUAUGAAACAAAAGUUGUUCUUCUAAUUAUUAACAUAUUGUAUUAUAAAAUGAUGUCUUGA